AUGAGCGGAAGAGGCAAAGCAGGAAAAUCGAAGGGAGGUAAAUCCAAGACCAGGUCAUCCCGUGCCGGACUCCAGUUUCCAGUCGGACGUAUUCAUCGGCUAUUAAGAAAAGGAAAUUAUGCCGAACGUGUCGGCGCAGGGGCACCAGUAUAUCUGGCCGCCGUCAUGGAAUACUUGGCAGCUGAAGUUUUGGAAUUGGCCGGUAACGCUGCUCGUGACAACAAGAAGUCUCGUAUCAUUCCUAGACAUUUACAAUUGGCCAUCAGAAAUGACGAGGAAUUGAACAAAUUGUUGUCUGGAGUAACUAUCGCUCAAGGCGGUGUGUUGCCCAACAUCCAAGCUGUACUUUUACCAAAAAAGACUGAAAAGAAAGUUUAA